AUGACGAGGGAAAUGACAUAAACAGGAAAGACGACGACGACGACCGUAUGAAUUGAUGGGCGAGUGAUGUGUGUUCCCUGAGUUGAGACUUCCAGGCAGCUUCUCCCUCCUAAACUGCGUAAAAACGCCUCCUCCAGUAGGAUUCAACCAGGGCCAGAUCCAUACAUUUAACCUCCUGUAGUCUAGCAAGUUUGGGAUCAGUACGCAGCCCGGGAGGAAACGCCGCCUGGGUGUCGUCAUCAGGGACAAAAUGGCACUUUAGUACGGCCCGAAGCUGAACCAUGACACACCGUUGUUUUUCUCAGCAUGCGUAGCUAGCAUGAGAUCUAUGUAGUGCGUGGAAACAAAUUAUUUAAGACAGUGCAUCAACAAUAACCACGGCUACAAUAGGUGGCAGUGUGAGCUGUCCAGCUGGUGGUGACCCUUCAGUGAGCAAGAAGAAGAAGAAGAAGAAGAGGAGGAAAACGUCAACAGUCGCGAAGGGGGACCUGGCUGGUCGCUGUCCUCUAGCACGAUCGCUGUCAGUAGUCUACAUUGUCUGGCCAGAGAUGAUUGUGAGAUUUAACCGCACCCCUCAUGAUAGCGGUUGAGACGGCCUCCUGAGGCAACAUGGCAACGCUGAGGAGGAUUUACUCGUGGUUACCACUCCUGCAGCGGGCCUGCACACGGAGCUGUCAGAGAGCAGCAGCGGGAGCAGGAGCGGCGGCGGCGGCGGCGGCGGCCACCUGCAGCCUCCACCGCGCGUCUCACCACGCAGCUGCGGCGACCGCCCGUAAACUGCAGUGGCUGAGAGGCGCGCCCCCCCUGCGGUGCCGAGCGUUUGCGCUCUCUGCGUGCAGAUUCAAGACAACGGAUGCCUUGAACGGGGGACGGCAGGCGGGCUCAACCGAGGAGAAUGACGGGGAUGGAGAUUUCAUCGAGGACAGUGAGGUGGAGGAGCUGUUCCAGCAGCGGGUUCCCGCGGGCAUCGCAGGGGGACAGCACAGGGUCUUCAUCGUUCAGCCUGAUGUGAAGUGGGGGAGCAGGAAGCAGCGUCUGACCACCGCUGAGCUGAUGAUGGCCGAGGCCGUGGGGCUGGUGAACACUCUAGACAACUGGAGAGUGGUGGACAAGAUCAUCCUCUCCACCAAGACACCAGAGAAGAAGAGGAUAUUUGGCAAAGGCAAUUUCCAGUCUCUUACAGAGAAAAUCAGACAAACAGCAGGAAUCACUGCUGUGUUUGUGAAUGUCGAGCGUCUGUCGUCUUUGUCUGAGAGGGAGUUUGAGGAAGCCUGGGGGGUUAAGGUCCUUGACAGAUACUCGGUAGUCCUUCACAUCUUCCGCUGCAACGCCAGAACUAAAGAGGCCAAGUUACAGAUCUCUCUGGCCGAGAUUCCCUUGUUAAGGUCUCGUUUGAAAAAUGAAACCGCAAACAUGGAUCAGCAAGGCGGGGGAUCGAGAUACAUCGGCGGUUCAGGUGAGACGCUGUUCGAGGUCCAGCAGAGGCUGCUGAAGGAUCGCGAGAUCAAGAUUCACUCAGCGCUGGAAAAACUGCGGAAAAAGAGGCACCUGCUGCGAUCCCAGCGCAAACACAGAGAGUUUCCCAUCGUCUCCGUGUUGGGAUAUACAAACUGUGGAAAAACAACUCUGAUCAAAGCGCUGACUGGGGAUAGCGGUCUCCAGCCCAGGAACCAGCUUUUCGCCACCCUGGAUGUCACCGUCCAUGCCGGCCAGUUGCCCAGUCGCAUGACUGUCCUGUACGUCGACACCAUCGGCUUCCUGUCCCAGCUGCCCCACCAGCUCAUUGACUCCUUCUCUGCCACCUUGGAAGAUAUUAAACACUCGGAUCUGUUGAUUCACGUCAGAGACAUCAGUCAUCCAGAGACGGAGAAUCAGAAGGUGAACGUACUGAAUGUCCUCAAGAACCUCGAAAUCCCUGACAGGCUGAUGAGCUCCAUGAUAGAAGUCCACAAUAAAACUGACCUUGUUGACAACUAUCAGUCUGCAGAGCCCGACGCACUGCCCAUAUCUGCCCUGGAAGAGCAGGGCCUAGAUGAGCUGAAGAGAGCAGUGGAAGGAGAGAUUGUAAACUCUACUGGAAAACACAUUUUAGAUCUCAAAGUUAACCUCAGCACUCCUCAGUUAAGUUGGCUGUACAAAGAGGCCACCGUUCAGGACGUGGAGGUGAAUGCAGAUGAGGGCUCGGCUGUCGUCAAGGUCAUCAUCAGCAACGCUGCCUACGGACGCUACAAGAAACUGUUCACAGGCAGAUAGCAAAGCAGGGAGGAGAGCAAUCUUUCCCCCUUCAGGACAGCAGCUCAGAAUCAAUUACUGGUCCAUGUGGAUCAAGAAGCUGCAAACUGUACCACAAAUGUUUUUUGCUGUGGUUUUUUUUUUUAAACUGUAUGUAUUGUAAAGUAUAUUAAAAUCCUUAAAAAUGCAA